UUUUAUUUUCCAGAUCCCAUAUCAGAAACACCAGACGGUAUAACAGAAUUACCAUCAGGAGGAGACGUCUGGGUUUUAGUUAUAGAAAAUUCAAAACCAACAGACUCUGGAGUAUAUGUCUGCGAAGUUAAUAGUAGUCCUACGGUUCGAAGUUUUCAUAAACUUAGUGUGUUAUCAAAGUCCAUGCUGCCCCCUAAUUACACAACAACUGACCCUUCUACAUCAGGAGAAGACCAACGGCAACUGAGCAGCAAAAAUCACAAUUAUACAGAUUGUUGUGUAGCAAAAAACGUUUCAACUGUAUGUCUUGGAUUCUGUAAUAUACAAAGUAUUCUAGAGGAUCAUUUUUCAGGAACAACUGGACAAGAUCCUGAACAAUGUGAAACAGAUUUUCCAUCAAUUGUCAGCUGCAUGGCCGAUGGUAGAAAUCAUGUUCCCUGUUGUAUACAAGAAAGGGUACCUGAUAUAUGUCAAGAUGUCUGUAGAGGAGAGUACACAGCUAUCACCGAUAACAUUAAAACUCACUUUUCCUGUUCUUCGUACACAGAGCAGACGUUGGCAUGUAUUGUAGAAGGCAUUGAGCUACUACCUAGUCCUCCAGUAAACGUAGAAGUAGAAGCUCUCACAGAAAAAUCCCUUCGGGUUCAGUGGAAUCUACCAGUAUCAAACAAUGAAACUAUAACGGAAUUUGCAGUAAACGUCACCUCAUUAAAAAGUUUUGAUAUCAGGAAAACAAGCAACAAAGACAGAAAUGACAGUGCCACAUUUACACAAAGCGUUUUAGUUAAGGUUCCAGUAAGCCAAACCAGUACAGUCUUACAAAAUCUAUUACCAUUCACAAUGUACGACAUUACUGUGACUGCUAUUAAUCGUCACGGCAGCAGUCUUCCAAGCUACAGCGUCCGUUCGUUAACAUUAACACCAGGCAGCGUGAAACAGACAACAACUGGACGGCCGCCACAACUGCCAGAUAUAAAAAGUUGUUGCGCGAACAAAGGUAUCGUGCACAAAACAUGUGUAACAAAACUGUGCGACCCAAUACAAGCUUCAUCAGCUGAAAUAACAGAUCUUAUGAUCUGCGCACCUUGGGCUGCUGACACUUUCGGAUGUUUGACCAAUGGAAUGGACCAUACUCCUUGUUGUAGAGCGAGAGGUUUGCCGGAUAUAUGUCAGCAUCUUUGUACUGGCAAUGUGUCAAGUAUAGACUUUAAUUAUUUUAAGUGUCUUCGUUACAUGGGUGAAUACACAAACUGCCUACUUCAAGGAUAUGGAGUUCUACCAAGUGCUCCUACUGAAUUCCACGUAACUAAUAUAGAAACUGAAUUUGCUAUCCUUCAUUGGUCUCAGCCUAAAACACUGGGAGAUACAGUUUUAUACUAUAAUCUUUUUAUACGCAACGCCGAUGACGAGCUUUCUGAGUAUACCAUGAUGAAACGGGUGCGCAGUCCAUAUAUUAUGGAGAAUCUAGAAAGCGAGACUGAGUAUGAGGUAUACGUGCAGGCUGUCAAUGCUCAUGGUGUGGGAACUCCUAGUGCAAUGUUGACUUUCAGAACAGAAAGUAAGAUAGUUGAAGAGAAAAUCGAAGAAGCGUUGGUCUACAACGUUACAGGCUGUUGUGUAGAAGCUCAAGUCAACUCGGUGUGUCUACCUCUUUGUUCCUACAAUGCCAACAUGACUGAUUUAAAAGCUUUAGCCAGUGUCUGCAAGGGAGACUACGAGAAGAUACUUAAAUGCGCCGCAGGGGGGCGCAAUCAUGCAACAUGUUGUCACAGACGUGGAGUACCAUCAGGUUGUUUGCCAGUCUGUAAUGGAGUGCUGCUUCAUCAGUUUGCUUCAGCUACUACCAGCUGCGUACCGUAUAUUGGAAAUAUUGCUCAAUGUUUCGAAGAAGGCGCUGGGAAAUUGCCUGGUCCUAUCUCUGGUUUACAUGCUGUAAUUAUCGAUGAACAUAGCAUCCUUUUGGAGUGGAAUGUGCCGGACAAUUCAACUAACGUUACAGAUUAUGUCGUCUACUAUCAAAAAGUAGAUAACACAUCGAUGUACGAGACGGUUUCCAAAUUAGAUCAGCAUAUAAACACUACUCUUACGACAGCUACUUUAACAGGAUUGGAGGAAAAACAAAUGUACCAUAUUUUUGUGGUCUCCAGGAACGAAGAAGGCACGUCAUUGCCUUCCUCAAUCAUCGUGAUUAAACUAGUCAAAGAAGAUGUUUCCAAAUGGGUUAAUGGUGUUACUUCUCCCCCACAUUCAUUAGCAGUCGCUAGUCAUAGUGCUACGUGGGUCAUGAUUUCCUGGCAGCCUCCGGAAUUCAGCCAUCCCUCAGAACUUAUUACUUACAGAGUGUUCCACAAAUCCACUGCCGAAGAACAAUUCCAUUCGAAGAACGUAUCAGUAAAUUCCUACAUGCUAAACAGUUUGAAUCCCAACACUCAGUACAUCGUAUACAUUCAAGCCGUAUCAGAAAAAGGGGUUAGUAUGCCCUCGGAAACUUUAAUAGCUUGGACUGAUCCAGCUUACCCGGCUUUUGUCGAACCUCCAACAGUUCAUCCCAUAAAUCUAGUAAUAGAAGGCAGCAGCAUGACAAUUCUUUGCAUAGCAAUGGGCACACCAAUGCCCACGAUAUCUUUAUACAUAUCUGGCAGACUUGUUAGACAAGAAACAACAAGGCACAUGGUCACAGUGAUACAUAACGUUACUAAAGAUAUGAACCAGAUCUCCUGUUACGCUGAUAAUGGCUAUGGCACUCCUAUGCAGGCUUCCAGAAAAAUUAUUAUAAGUCAUGGUCCACAUAUUCAAGCAAGUGGUAUAACCAUGACAACCAUCGGUGAUUCCGUUACGCUAGAAUGUAAAGUAGAAGCUCAACCAGAGCCCAAGAUGAUUUUCUGGAGGAACCACGAAGACCGAACGCCAGUUAUUCAGGGUGGAAAAUACGAUAUUACUGCAAAACCCGUUAAAGACGAAGACGAUAAAUAUAUAAUGCAGCUCACCAUUAAGCAAAUCACUGACAUGGACGUCGGGGAUUACUACUGUCAUGCGGAAAAUGCUUUUGGCAGCUCUACACAGCCGGUGUCAGUAAGAAUUAGAAAUCUGGCUUCUGUAAACAAUCUGACUCAAUGCUGCCUAGAACAAAACGUCACUUCACCAUGCAUGGAUGCCUGCUCGUUUUAUCUAGACAUAGAUGCUGUGAUAGAUAAGUUGGAAUGUGUUCAAGAUUUUGGCAAGUUAAUGAAAUGUGCUAGUGAUGGUUCGGACCAUAGAAGUUGUUGUGCCCACCAAAAAGUUUCGAGGAGAUGUCUGGACUGGUGCAGAGGAGAGCCCGUGCUAAACAAUAAAGCUUGUGUUUUGGCUCACACCAAACAGAUCAUGAGUUGUUUCCACGAAGGACGAGAUAAGUUACCUGGGCCACCGCAGAAUAUCCACGUAGAUUUCAUCGAUUCCCAUUCUGUAAAUAUCAACUGGAGUCCACCAAUCAAAAACCCUCACACUGUCGAACUAUACAGGGUGAUGCUCAAGUUAAACGAUCCACAUAGUAAAGAGAAUUUCACAGCAGAUACAGCUACAACGCAUAUUAAAUUUCAAAACCUUAGAGCUGGUGCAACAUAUGCUCUCGUUAUAAAAGCAGGAAACAGCAAGGGAACAUCCACCCUAACCGAACCCUUAAAAUUCACAAUGAGCGAUAAAUACAUCACUUCUGCGGCGAGCCAGGAAGGUCACGAUGGACAUGUAGGAGUAAUUGUAGCUGUUAUUUUGGCACUAGUUGUAGUUGCUGCCAUUUUCGCGGGAGCUGUGUGGUUUAUGAGAAACAAGAAGAUGUUAGGAAUCAAGAGUUCAAAUGGAAUUGCUUUCGAAAACCCUAGUUAUUUGAGAGAAGUCAAUAUGGAUCAUAUUCAGGUGCCUCAAAGAGAAACCGAAACAACCCAACUUGCAAAUGGUAGUGCCAACGGUAUAGCAGUUUCUUCUUCUUCGGGAGGAGAAGGCUGGAAAAACGAAGCUCUUCACGUACCUGCACAACAAGAGGUCAAUCCAACCUUAUACGAAGAAUUAAAAUUGGGUCAAGAUGGUGCUGGAUUUAAGAGACUAAAACCCUAG